AUGGUUCCAAAAUAAUACUGUUUUAUAAAAUUUAAUUAAAUAAGCACCCCAAGUAGUGCACGAGAAUGUAAACCUACAUGUAUUGCCUUACAUAUAACCCUCAUUUAUCUAAGACAAAUCAACUUAAUUAAUCCAAGGAAUUGGUGCUAUCUAAAUAGUUUCCUCUUUAUUAGUCUUAUUAGGAUGUUCUUUUGCUAAAUACCCUCUUUCUUUAUUCGUAUUUUUGACUAUUGUAAUUAUCCAUAAUCCUUUUGCGAAUACUAAUGGAUUUUGGGAAGAAACUAAUUAAGCUUUACUUAAUGUAGGAAUUUUAGGUGUUUCUUUAUUCAUUUCUUCUAGUUUAGUUAGUAGUGGAUGUGGAAAUAGUCAUAAUAAUGA